AUGGACGCCAAACUCAUGGCCACUUGCUUUAUUGCCGUUUGUUUGUUGAACCUACUACUUGAAACCGACGCUCAGAAAAACGGUUUUCGCGGAGGAUCGAAGUCGUACGAAGUUCAUGUAGAGGCUAGCCAGAUGGGAACAAAUCUCCAUUAUGAAUUGCCCGAGUCUAAAGUUAAGGCGGCUUCUACAAAAGACUGGCUGGUAGAUAAUGACAACGCGGAGAUGCUGGCGAUAAACAGUCCUAUUUUGGCUACUGUUAAUGUUAAACAUCCCAAGUUUAGCAUGAAGGGACAAUGGCCGGGCUACAAAACGAGUUUUAAGGUGCCUAAAGAUGUCACGGUGGGGUCAAAGAGAACUGAUUUUGCCAAGAGGAAACUUGAAAAGCACCAGAUAUCAGGACAGAAAAAGCAUCCACUCGACGCAGACAUUUCUAGUAUCGGUAGAUCCGUAAAAAGACAAGUAAGAGCAGAUAGAGAAACCGCAGGCUCCGGUCUUUUGCUUUCGGAACUCGCAGGGAAAUUUUUAAAGAGGAAAACUACAGCGGUAAAGUCACACCCGCAAGAAAACAGUGGGGAUGUCGUCAACAUCUCAAAACUUCUCCUCCCGAUAGCGGGAAUGAAAAACAUAGACCUUAAAAAUCCCCAUAUCAGCAAUGCUAUGAAAGGAGUUAUCACUCAUGCCAGGAAGGUGGUGGAUGAAGCAAAGACAGUCUUAAAUGAUGCGGCAAGUUUUAUUACCAGGGUACGAACGCUUGUCAAAGUUACUAAAGAUCAAACGAAUAUCAACAGAAAGGGGGCCGUGACAGACGUUGUUGCCAAGGGAACAGGAAAGACAGAAUUGAAAGGUCUCACCGCCCAACCUUUUAAACAUUUAGGACCCUCAUCUCAGGGGAACACGAAACCCGAAAACGGAAACCGACAAAACCGGACGCCGAAAUUGAGUGAUCCAAGUUACCGACUGAGGGAGAAGAAAAUAGAAAAUGGAGGGCUACAAAGUACAAAUAACAGCCCCGGUAAAAAGGAUGUGUCGAAGCGGUCAUAUAUUGAUCCAACGGAAAGUGCAAAAGAUCAUGAGAAAUUUAUAAACUCAAAAACAAGAGCUAUAGAAAGACGAGGACUUCCAGAUACCCUGGAAAGUAUUCUGUACACUCUUAACGGGCUGAAAAAUAUUCUAAAGUAUCACUAA